AAAAAUGGAUACUCAGGGGCACUCAUGCAGGAAACCGUUAUCACAUGAUGUGUCUCAGUAUCUGAUCAAGAGAAUACUCUAAGUGCUCUUUCGUGAGGAUUGCGAUGAUGUAAAACUAUUCUUGACACGAGGAACUAGCGACCAGCAGCAGCGGAUGCUUUGGGCCUUCCUCCAUCUGCCUCUCGGAAAUGAACUUCUCUCAAACUAUCUCGUUCGUCUUCUGAUCUUUGAAAUAUCUGAUCAUCAUCUACGAAAGAAAGAUCACUUGUCCUCAUACAGUAUGGAUUCACAGACUAUCGAAGAGCUCAUCACACUCCAGGAACAAAUCGGUUCAACCAUUGUUCGCAAGAGAAGGAAGGAGAGCGAAGAUCUCCGAGAUCAAGUGGAGCAUCUGGAGUAUCGGUUGGCUCCCUCUAUCUAUAGGUGCCAGAAGGUCAAUACAACUAAGGCUGAGUUGUCGCGCAAGUACGAACAACUCGGAAACGAGAAGGAAAUACUUGAGAGGAAACUCGAACAACAAGACCAAUCGCAUCUCGACCUGACAGAGACCUUACGACAAGAGAAGAAGAUCGCAGAUUCGUUCAGAGAAGAAGUCGGAACGCUCAAGGUAAAGCACUUCAAAUCCGGGAUUAAGAUCGAAAGGUUCGAGGAGCGCGGGAUCGCCAUUAAGAAGGUCAUAUCCGAAUUGAAAGCAAAGUUUGGCGGAACUCUCCGAUCGUUCUCGGACAUUGACGAUACCUCCAAUUCGUGAGUGUGCAUAGGCGUCGAGAAAGCGAGCUCGAUAGUAGAUAACAUGCGGACACGGAUGUUUCUUGACACUUCAUCACCCUCGGGUGAUAGAGAAUGUAUCUUGAUGUUCAUACAGAGCAGGAAGUAAGAAGGAGAUGGCUUUGGGGCAUGUUC